CCGGGCGUGGAAGCACGACAGACGACGUACGGCAACGAUGGGCGUCAGGUGGAUGUGUAGUUGGUGGUGGUGGUGGUGAUGAUUGUGUUCUGUCGGGUAAGCAAAGUGGGCUAAGGAUGGGAGAGAGAUCGAGUCGAGUCGAGUGUUUGACGGGGCAAGGGCGGGCCCUUUUGAUGCAAGCCGGCGCGCGGCCGGAUGAGCUGGCACCGGCGCAGCAUGGGGUCGCCUUGUUGCACGCCGCCAUUGGCCGCCUCGCCUUCAGUCCCCCGCGGAUGCGCUUGAUGCGAAGCAAGCAUUCCUUGCACUGCUGGACGUCUUGUUCCCAUUCAUCCAUCAACCGUAGUUUCUCGCUGCCCAACCUGCCGUCUCUCUCUCUCUCUCUCUCUCUCUCUCUCUCUCUCUCUCUCUCUCUCUCUCACCGGUGCACUGCACUGCGCACUUACACAGCCAUCACCAUUCCCCUCCCCCCAGCACUCUCCAACCACUACGAAAGCUACUCUCUCCCAAACGCCGUCUCACCGAAAUUUGAGCCGCUGCCCAGGCCGAUCGCUAACCCAGUCGGAUCCCGAAGCGGGCAGCCGGUCACGUGCUUUUAAAUUGACAGCAGAAACGCGCCAAGAGGUGCUGUGCUUGCUUUGCUGAUGAUGAUGAGUGGGCUUGCUUUGCUUUGCUUU